ACCAAGCUAAAGUGUUCAAUGUUCUUACCUGUAGCCAGAAACUUUCUGCUUUCUUUAUGAGGGCCCCAUGAUUUUGGUAGUCAUUUAACAACUUAGAGCCUGAGUUCUCAUGCAUGGGUUUGAGGUUUGUGAAGAUUAACUGAGAUAAUAUGUAUGAACAUUCAGCAAAUUGGGCUUUCAAUUCUAACAAAAAAAAGACUUCCUCCAUGACAUCAGUAUAUUCUGAGAAUGAGAUUCAGUGCCUUUUCCUUUAGUCUUUUUCUAUGACAUCAGGACAUUCUUAGAAUGAGAUUUUCUCAGAUCGAGGCUUCCAAUGACUUGGUGGGGUGAGAGGUGUAGAAAGGAGUUCUCACUUGCUGUUGAAGGAAGCUCUUUUUAUUUUUUUCUUGUAUAAUUGAAUUACUGGAGGAGGAUUUGUUGUCCUCCCCUUGAAAGGCAAAAGGACUAAUUGCUCCAUUUGCCAACUUAGGCACUAUGAGGAGAAACACAGUGUUUUAUGCCUGGAAAUUUCUAAAGAGUCAACUGGGGCUGUACCAGCUUAUCACGGAUAUCAUAGUGAUGAUCCGAGUGUGUAAGAUGUUUCGUCAGGGCCUCAAAGGAUUCCGGGAAUAUCAAAUCAUUGAGGCUGCUCAAAGGAAGCACCCUAUGUUCUCCUUCUGGGAUAAAAAGAAGCAAGGCCGAAUCACAUUUGAUACCCUGGACUUCAUUGCAGAGGAGGGUCACUUCCCUCCAAGGGCCAUUCAUAUUACACAGAAGAAGCCUUCCUGGAGGACAGAGCAAGAGAUCCAGUCCCUCUGCAACCUCCUUCAGGCUAUGGAUAGCUACCGGAACUAUGAUGAACCCCUGCAGAUGCUUCUGGCCAAAGUUGCACGCUUUGAACGGUUUGGUCGAAGGCGUGUGAUCGUCAAGAAGGGACAGAGGGGUAAUAGCUUUUAUUUCAUCUACCUGGGCACAGUUGCAGUGACUGAUGAUGAGGAUGGCAGCAGUGCCUUCCUAGACCCCCACCCAACAUUGCUGCACAAAGGCUCCUGUUUUGGGGAAAUGGGCCUUCAGAGCACAGCAGUAAGGAAGGCCACGGUGGUCUGCAUGGAGGAAACAGAGUUCCUGGUUGUGGACCGUGAGGACUUUCUUGCUAAUCAGCUGGAUGAAGAAGUUCAAAAGGAAUCUCACUAUCGGUUUAAUUUUUUUAGGAAGUUGGAUCUAUUUAAUUCGUGGUCUGACGAGAAAGUUUGGAAGCUUGUCCCUAUGGGGAGGGUAGAGAAGUUUGCUUAUGGGCAGCUGGUCACAAAAGACUUUGUAGACUCAUCCUUCCUCAUAUUUGUAUGCAAGGGUAGCUGUGAAAUCUUGAGGCUGAUAGACCUUGCCUCCUCACUUUCCUAUUACAAGUGGAUCUGGAAGUGUUUGGAGCUGAUAGACGACAAACCUCUGAGGGCUCACCUCAAGGAACCAAGUCCUGAGAAGAGAUUUAAAGAAUUCCAGAUUAAAUCGUAUCCUCUACAGGACUUCACUGCUUUGAAACUCCUACAUCUCCAGAAAGCUUGUGAACAAGAGGGAACAUGUUUACAUGAGAGGUUCCAAAACCCAGAAAAUACUCUCCCAAAGAUAAUGGGCCCUAAGGUCAGAUCCAGGUUUCCUUAUCCAAUCAGAUGUUCUAUGGUCAAUACCAAGUUUGGUGAGCUCCCCAAGGAGGCUAUGGUGGGGGUCUAUAUGAAGAUCCAUACUGUGGAACAAGGAGAAGUUGUGGGCUUUCACCAGAUCUUGGUCCCAGAGACCCAACGUGACUUGCGACCUAAGGUCCUCGUGAGCCUGGGAGCUGAGUUGAUACGGGUGAGGAAAGAAAAAUUUUGUGAAUUGAUGGAUGAUGAAACAAAAGAAAAGUUGAUGAGUGCCGAGAUUAACUACCCCAGUGAUGAAGAGUUAUGCCAGAGGUUCCUCAAGGAGAACAACUGGAAUGUCUUUCGGAAGGACCUGGUACGACUGCUGGUGGACUCUCGACAAACGCCACCAGUCAUCCCAAUCUACCCCAGGAAGAAAGAGAUCUACAACCCAAGGUCUUUGAUCCUGGAUUUGUGUAACAUCAAAAAAAGGAGUAAGCCAUUUCGCCCAAUGUGCCCAGUGUUUAUGGCAUCCCAGAAGUACCUUCCCCCAUUGAGAAUUAUCCAGGCCGUCUCAGCGCCCAGGCACAGAAUUCAAGAACUCAUGCCUCAGUAUAAGAAUGCAGGGGUUCUUAUUUAGUACCAAUAAAGGAUGUUGUA